AUGGCCCGCGACACCGAUACGGCCUACAAGCUCGACAAGCCCGAGAAGCUGAAUGACCUGCUCAAGGCCGACGGCGCCGACGACUGUGGUUCGUGCCGGGUGAUCGGAGGCGGCGCCUUUCUCGCCCUCGGCGCCUACAGCUACUUCUCCGGCAUGUCGCAGAUCGAGCAGCAGCGCGCCAAGAUCAUCGCGAGCAAGAGCCUCUUCGGCGUCCGCAGCCGCAAGACGGGCAUCGUCGCCACGAGCCUGGGCCUGGCUUGGAUGGGCAUCUACCGGCUCUUCAUGUGA